AUGGAGGAAAGGAAAGGAGAUGCUCGAGUCUCUGUCAUCUCCGGCCUUUUCUUCAUCUGCAUUAUUGCCGGCGGAGUACUUCUUUUCCUUUACAUGCUUCUACCUGAAGAAAAAUCCCAACCAUGGUUCCCCCCUGCAGGAAUGGUGCUUGUGGCUAUUCCAUGGGCGUUUUGGAUCACGACAUGCAUCUACAGAUGUUUUAGGCCCGCUGCUGCCUUGCAUACUGGGGACAGCGGUCACUAUGCCAAGGCAGGCAGCAGCCGGGCAGCCACCAUCCCCACCACAAGCGGCGCAUUGACAGCUGGCAUUGCAUCAUCAGCUACAGACUCCCCUGUUCAUUCACCUAAUGGUGACCGAAGGGUGCAGUUUGCCGCGGUGGUUGUAAUGGGGAACGAAGAUCAGGGUGGACACGGAGGCCAGAAUGGGAAAGACAACCAUCAUCAAGCCAUAGACAUGGAACAUCAUAAUGCGAUCAAUGAUUCAGUUGGUUCUAAAGAUAGUGAAAUGCCGUUGAGAUUAAUGGUUUGA